AUGCAGCCACUGAAAUGGGCAGCUGUGCAAGCAACGAGCAGCAUUUUGAAGCAAGUAACGACAGUCCUGGCCACGGAGAUCACAGACACAAGCACACAGACAAACACAAGCACAAAGAAGCUUGUGAUCUUGGAGGGCCACAAUGGUCAGGCGUUCGCAGUGAAAGCCGCGCUUGCAGAAGUGGAGACGCCUCUAGUUUGCAUUCAUCAGCACGAUCUGGAAUUCACUUUCGAUUUUGAUCUUGAGCGGGUGCUGGAUGUCCUCGCAGACCCGGCAGUGAGCGUGAAGUACGUCGGCCUGCCUUUGCUGGUGAACCUGCAUUAUGAGGGCAUUGCCUACCAGCACCACGGUGUUCGGGUCAAGCCGGAGACACACAGAGGGUUGAGCCUGAUGCCGAUUAUUUUCUGGUACGAUAGCACCCACAUCACAUCCGUGGAGCACUACACCGCCCUGGUCUUCGGCCCAGAGGAGGCCUACAAUCCCGGAAACUUCGUCGAAGAGACCUUUGGCGUCCGCCAGAGGAAUGAUAUAAUGGCGAAGGGCAUGGAGGCCCAUGCGAAGUACGGAACGUACCACUGUAUUUCCACGGCGUCAGAUGGUACACGAAGGCCUCUCAUCUGCCACCUCAACGGAGUGCGCUUUCUGACGCCGGAGCAGCGUGCGGCAAUGGGCUAUCCAGCAGAUCCACCGGUCGAGUUCUAUCCUUCACGCACGAUGAUGAGCCGAAAGCAGCGGAAGGUCCGACACAUUCUGGAUGCCGUGCUGGAGUUGGCUGAUGUGGACAUCGACGUUUCCAGCACCGUGCGCAACAUCCUGUCGAAGCUCUUGAACGAAACGCGUCUUCGUAUCAGCGAGCCUGCCUCGUAUCACUUGCCGACGAGCCUGCUGUCGCAAAAACCG